AUGGGGUGCUUCACCUUUAUCAAGGUCAUGAUGAUCCUCUUCAACCUGGCCAUAUUUCUCGGUGGCGGGACCCUCCUCGGAGUUGGCAUCUGGGUCACAGUAGAUGGACAGUCGUUCCUGGAUAUAUUUGGGGCGCUAUCCUCUAGCAUCCUGCAGGUUGUGAACGUGAGCUACUUCCUCAUCGUCAUUGGUGCCAUCCUGCUGGUGAUCGGCUUCCUCGGGUGCUACGGUGCCCAGAAGGAGAGCAAGUGUCUCCUGAUGAUGUUCUUCUCGGUGGUGCUGAUCAUCUUCAUUGCUGAAAUUGCUGCUGCCGUGGUGGCUCUGGUCUACACAGGUCUUGCAGAGACGCUGUUGACGGCUGUGGUGACCCCUCUCCUGAAGGAGAAGUACGGGUCAGAUAAGGGUCUCACGCACAUCUGGAAUGUCACUAUGAACGAGGUCAAUUGCUGUGGCCUGAAUAACUACACAGACUUCACUGACUCCCCCUGGUAUAAGGAACACAAAACCUACCCGGAGCCCUGCUGUAAGGACAGGGAGCCCUGCAAUAGCACGCUCGCUGCGCAAAGCGAAGUUCCGGGUUGUUUCUAUCAGAUCUUGGACGAAAUCAAGACUAAUGCAGGUGUGGUGGGUGGUGUGGCAGCCGGCAUUGCUGCCUUGGAGAUUGCGUCCAUGGCGGUUUCCAUGUACCUGUACUGCGAGCUGGAUCAGAAAUGA